CUGGCUGUCAAAAUGGCAGCGCCCAGUAGGCACGGGUCCUGCUGAAGAGGGAGAUUAGGUUUCUUUCCUGUAAACGGGCAACUUUCUGCCGUUCUGAUUUUGAGCAUCCUGAAUCUAGGUUUCUCGGGAGAGUGGCGGCUAUGUGUUUACCAUUGUCAUCAAUGCCAUGGCUGGAGACAAAUCCAUGAAUUCAGUACCACGAGGAGCAACAGUUGUCACCUCCAUCUCAUCAAAGUGCUCCAGGAACAACUCAGACGUGUGGCUAACUGUCCUCAAUGGUUGCUUGGAGCCUCCACACUGUUUUCCACAGCAGCUGCAACAUUCAGCAUUCCCACCAGCAGUGCAGCGGGUUCCAGUUCCUCCACCUAGAAGUUUUAGAUGCUGAGAAGUCCAGAAUCAAGGUGCUGGCAGAUUUGAUAGCUGAUUGAGGACUCCCUGGUUUAUAGAACCUGCGAGCAGAGGUCUCCACGAUGGUUUGUUCAGCGCUCCAGAGAGUUGCCUGUGCACACCUUUGCCUGGUGAGGAGGGCCAGUCAUGUCUGCAGAAGCCACCAGCAUCGGGCGCGGGGCUCAAGGCCAGCUGCGUCAGACUUGGCUGCUCGUGGACCUCCGGGCAGCCCUCUAGAGCUGCUGGGCAAAUCCUACCUUCAGGAUGACCACACCAACCUCACCCAGAAAGUCCUGUCCAAGGUUGGCAGGAAUCUGCACAACCAGCAGCACCACCCUCUGUGGCUAAUCAAGGAGAGGGUGAAGGAGCAUUUCUAUAAGCACUAUGUGGGCCGCUUUGGGACGCCGCUGUUCUCCGUCUAUGAAGACCUUUCUCCUGUGGUCACGACCUGGCAGAACUUUGAUAGCUUGCUCAUCCCAGCUGACCAUCCCAGCAGGAAGAAGGGGGACAACUAUUACCUGAACCGGACUCACAUGCUGAGGGCACACACAUCCGCGCACCAGUGGGACUUGAUGCACGCGGGGCUGGACGCCUUCCUGGUGGUGGGUGACGUCUACCGGCGUGACCAGAUCGACUGCCAGCACUACCCAGUUUUUCACCAGCUUGAGGGUGUCCGGCUGUUCUCCAAGCAUGAGUUAUUUGCUGGUGUAAAGGAUGGAGAAAGCUUGCAGCUCUUUGAACGCAGUCCUCGCUCUGCACAUAAACAAGAGACACACAGUAUGGAGGCCAUGAAGCUUGUAGAAUUUGACCUUAAGCAAACACUUACCAGACUUGUGGCUCAUCUUUUUGGAGAUGGGUUGGAGAUUCGAUGGGUGGACUGCUACUUUCCUUUUACUCAUCCUUCCUUCGAGAUGGAGAUCAACUUCCGUGGAGAAUGGCUGGAAGUUCUUGGCUGUGGGGUGAUGGAACAGCGACUGGUCAAUUCAGCUGGUGCACAAGAUCGAAUUGGCUGGGCUUUUGGUGUAGGCUUAGAAAGACUGGCCAUGAUUCUCUACGACAUCCCGGACAUCCGCCUCUUCUGGAGUGAGGACGAGCGCUUCCUGAAACAGUUCCACCUGUCGGACAUUAAUCAGAAGGUGAAGUUUCAGCCUCUUAGCAAAUAUCCUGCGCUGACAAACGACAUUUCCUUCUGGUUACCCUCUGAGAACUACACCGAGAAUGAUUUCUAUGACUUAGUCCGAACCAUUGGAGGAGACCUGGUGGAGAAGGUUGAUCUCAUAGACAAGUUUGAACAUCCAAAGACACACAGGACCAGCCACUGUUACCGCAUCACUUACCGCCACAUGGAACGGACGCUGUCCCAGAGGGAGGUCAGCCACAUCCACCAGGACAUCCAGGAGGCCGCAGUGCGGCAGCUGGGCGUGGACGGCCGCUUUUGACGUCACCACACCAGCUCCAGGGUCUGUAGAGAGAGGAAAAGACGCUCUUUGUAAGCUGCAGCAUCAGACGUCUUCUGAUUAAUAGGGCUUGUGGAAAAUAAAGGGUUACUCCUGAGAAAGUGU